UGAAAGUUAUGUGCAUGCGUGUCGUUUCGAACAUGUAUAUUUAUCACUUACCUUACGAUGAAAGGAGGAAAUUGUGCCAUAUUUUGGAUCAAGGCAACAAAUGGGAAGAGCUCGCAUUGAGGCAUAUGAAAUACGACGAAGUUACAAUACAAGGAUUGAAAAAGGAAGUAUUCAGAGGUAAUUCAUCGUCCAGCGAACUAUUAACUAUGUGGGGUUAUCAGAAUCACACCGUUUUGGAGCUGUUCAUUCUUUUGGGCCGAAUGGAGCUGUAUUCGGCAAUGUUAUUAAUAAAAAAGUUCGUCGAGAGUAAAUACCACGUUUUAAUAAAGGAAGACAACAUCGAUCUGGCAAUGAAAAGGAUGCACAUUGUUGACUCGAAAAUGGCCACCGAAAACUUUGACAAAAACACCAUUAAAAUGCUUGCAAAGGAGGUUUUGCCAAUGGUUAGUAGAGAUUCAAAUGAGAGUUUUAAACUGGACAACAUUCCAAAGCUACUAAAGCCCCAAUUAAAAAUCCCAUCUGCCUCAUCAAAAGUUCUCACAGCUUGCGUAGCCGAAUCGGCUGGGGCCACUCCACAAAUACCCUACGAAGAACUUGAAAAAGCCACCAUGGGUUGGAACGUGGGUCAUAUUCUGGGUAAAGGGGGUUUUGGAACAGUUUUUAAAGGAACUUGGAAGUGUACUCAAGUAGCAAUAAAGCGCUUGGAAAUAAAAAAGGAUCGUCCGGAAUACUACAACGAACAGUUGAAACAGUCUAUAACAGAAUUGCAUUGUCUGAAUGCUUACAGACAUGACAACAUUCUACCUCUGUACGGUUAUAGUAUCGGCGGUCAACACCCAUGCCUCGUGUACCAAUACAUGGCAGGGGGAUCGCUAGAAACGCGCUUACGCACGAGGGACCCCCGCAAAGUACUCAAAUGGCCAUCGCGACUAAAUAUUGCCACAGGCGUAGCGCGUGGACUCCAGUUUUUGCACACAACUUUAGCCCAAGAUAAACCACUUGUUCAUGGUGACAUUAAGAGCGCGAACAUACUUUUGGAUCCCAUGGAUCAGCCGCGGAUAGGUGAUUUUGGCCUGGCUCGUGAGGGGCCCGAAAAGCACUACACCCACAUUAAGGUAAGCCGGAUAUAUGGCACCCGACCUUAUUUACCAGACGAAUUCUUGCGUGCCAAACAAUUUUCCACUAAAGUGGAUACCUAUAGUUUUGGGGUAGUGUUAUUUGAGCUGGGAACAGCUUUGCCCGCCUACAGCGACCAGCGGGAGUUAAAAUUUUUAAAAGACCACGUCGACAAAUACGAGGGGGACGUAACAGAUUUGAAGGACCGCGGUGCUGAGGGUUACGAUUUUUAUUUCAAAGAGCUGAUCAGGAUAGGUAAGUUGUGUGUGCAGAAAAAGGCCAAAGAUCGGCCGGAAAUGGUUAGGGUGCUGAUAAUGUUGGAGGAUGUGCAAAGCGCUGGAUCUGACUCUGAUGAUAAUAAACUAAUUGAGUUUUUAUAGCAGGGUUCUUGGCGAUUAAUGGUUCCUUUAAAAGCUGAGGCUCUACUAAAAAUCGCGCUUCCAUGUUUUCGUUGGUAUCUGGGACAACAAAACGACUAAAAACUUAACAAAAUAGGGGUGAAGUUAGAACCAUAGAUCAAAAAGAGUCGCUAUGGAAACAUCUGACCAAUAAGGCAACCAGAGGACAUGGCAGUAUUUAUCGAUUUUUCUGUACAAUUUGCACAUGUUUCGUUUUUAUGAAGUUGUUAUAACAAUAUUAGAAGGUUAUCAUAAUCAAAAAUUUUAUGUAAUUCGUUAUGUGAAUAUCUUAACUAUACAAGCAAUCAUGGAUAUUAUUCCUUAUCUUUUAAACAAAUUCAAAUUUUUAAUGCACAUUUUUAACACUGGUUUUGAAGCUCUAUAAAUGGCGAUGCAAAAUAUGUUACGGAAGAGUCAUAUUGUUUUUUUUUUUCAUUUUUGGGCUGCAAUCAACUUUUAUUGAAGGGCUCUUAAACUUUUUUUAUUUUCGCAUUGUAAUAGCACCGACAUUAGGCAUGUUAAGUUUCAAAAUCGCAAAAUAAAUACAAUUGCCUGCUUUGUUUGUUCUCUGGGUGCCAUUGAACAGCUGAACAAGCUGAAAAUGGCGAUGCAAAAUAUGUUACGGAAGAGUCUUAUUGUUUUUUUUUUUUCAUUUUUGAGCUGCAAUCAACUUUUAUUGAAGGGCUCUUAAACUUUUUUUAUUUUCGCAUUGUAAUAGCACCGACAUUAGGCAUGUUAAGUUUCAAAAUCGCAAAAUAAAUACAAUUGGCUACUUUGUUUGUCCUCUGGAUGCCAUUGAACAGCUGAACAAGCUGAACAUGACUUUUGCAUAGCUAGCUUCUCACUGAUAACAUGAGCUUGUAUAACUUUUGUUAAUCCCAGAUAUCUUCUGACAGUUUUAUAUAUUUUUUUAUCCCAUAUGAAUAAUCAACCCUGACCGCUAACAUCACGCAAGACUAUGUUUCAGACUACCAUAAGCAAAGUUUCACUAUAAUAAUGGCGAAGUGAAGGCAGUUGCUCAAAAUGUAUAUUUUGCUAUUCACGUUAGAAAUGUCUUAUGACUGUAUUGCUGGAAAAUGUUUUUCUGCGUAUUUGUGUCAAGAGUUCAAUUUUUAUGCUCACUACAUCCUUAUAUAAUAUGAUAUUACAGAUGGCGCACUUUGUAAUUUUAAAUUUGAAUGUGGUUAACAUAUCGUCGUCAAACGAAUAGCCCGUCUUGGAGAACAAUUAGCAAGUGAUAAAUCGCAACGUUGACCUAAGCUUGAAAUUCGGGUUGCAAAUGAGUGGACAACAUUUCGCUCGCAACAAAACUGUCGCUAUAAAUAUUGCUUUAAUUCAAUUUAAGUUACAUUAUAUUGGAGAGUUUACAUUUGCCCAUAGCAUGGUUUUUUAAAUAUAUUUUCAACCGUUUUGUAAUUAACGGCGCUGAUUUAUCCCUUUAUGAGUUCUCCAUUGGUGCAUCAGCAGACAGACAAUCAGUGUAUAACUAUUUGUUGAUUGAAACUUCAGAUUUUAUAUUGGUUGUUGAUCUAUGAAUAAAGUCUGUCUAAAUUCUAGAAAAUCAGAUGGAUGUUGAAACGGCCCGCACCGCACAUUUUAGCUGCAUUAUAGUUUUAAACAAAUGUUUAUUUGACGGUAAUAGUGUAUAUAUAUGUAUGUUCUUUCGAUAAAAGUCAAGCUCCAUAUUUCAAUGUAUAUAAAUAAUUGUAAAUAGGCAUCCUUGGUAGGUUGGACGUUUAUUUUUUGUGCGUGUAUUUCAAAAAACAAGAUAAAUUGAAUUCAUCACAUAUCAGAGUAAUUGGACGUUUUGAAGGUUGCACUGUUCUAGUGAGAGCGUGAACCGAAAAAGGAAAACAAAUAUUCUGUGCUGGCUUUAAGUACUGAAAAAACUUCUCUGUAAAUAUGAAACGGCGAAUAAUCUAGUUGGGCUUGUUUAUAUAAAAAAUUAUUCAGAAGGAAUAUCAAGUGCAGUGUGAUAUAGACUUACAUACGCCAAAUCGAGGUUUAUACAAUUGGAAUUUAUCUUUAUCGGUAGGAAUUUUUCCUCAAUUUUGGAACAAAAUGCUGUGACACUCAAAACUGCGUCUCGCAUUUUGUAUAAAAACGGCAGCUGUGUGGUAACCGGAAAAAACUAGUUUGUUCAAGUGUAAACCAAUGUCGGUAACCAAACAAGGGUAGUUACUGCCAUUUCUGGCAUGCCGCGAAGUUACAUUGUUCUGUAAUAUAUAUUUUCGUUUCAAACAAUAUUUAUUGCCUUAAAAGUCGAAAUAACAAUGCAAUACAAAUAACGCAUGAAACUUGUUUAAACCAGGGAAGACGACGUCCAUUAAAUCGCCGAUAUAACUGCUUCUUUGGUUUACCGUCGUUGGGUGUAAACGUUAUUUAAAACCCGGUUUCCAUUUUAUGUUUUAUUUAUAAUGGUUUUUAUGGGGAACGCCCUUGCUGACUUACUUUGAUUUACUGCAUGGUAUACUCUAAAAUUAUUAUGCAAUGACGUUUUGUCGUGCUCGCCCUCCCGUAUAGAACCGUCACUUGAUGUUUAUUGGCUGAGAACAAAGUUAGUUACUUGUCGAGGACGUGACGUUUAGACCUCUCGAGCAUCCGAGAGAAUGUCUCGGAUGUUAUUUAGUUCUCUUAAUGCCGCCGUCAGGUGCCACUGCGGUUACGGCUACAUAUAUGCGCGUGGAUUAAGCUUGACACAGAGAAAACUAAUAAAAAGGAGAUAUACAUUUCCAUCGCCGCCUUGAGCUCCUUUGGAUGGCGGGAAAUUUGAAACUAUACAAUAACUUCACUUUCAAUUUGCCUUUGUUUUGUUGUUUUGGUCCAUUUCCGCCCUAACAUGACACGAACUAAACUUGUACACGUUCAAAAACACAGUCUAAAACAAUAAAUAAAAUGGGUGUUUUAAAAUUGGGGUAGUUUUCCUGUCUUCCGUGUCCAUCACGAAUUCAUUCAUAUCAAUCAAUACACAACGUUCUGUCUUUGAACUACCCCAGCUUCUACGCAAGUCGUAACUAAAUUUGCUCAAAUCUGGGAAACUGAGUUGCGCUAUAGGCACAGUAUAAUUAUUAUAGGCUACUCACACCCCAUUUUUUCUUUUGCUAGAUGUGUUUAUUAGUAGACUUAGAUUAGUUUAACAAUUAAUACGUCAUCGCGCCAGAAGACGUUUUCGUGGAACGCCAUAUUUAAUUGAAAUUGAAAUACUUUUUCCCCGAGUUUGACUUGAAAAUUUUAACUCUCUUUUUGUUAGUUUUCUCUGUGGCUCAACAUAUAUCGCGAUAUUAUUCUUUUCUGUGAUACAGCGACCAUUCUUUUUUUUUUUCACAUUUUUGUCCCUCAUCGCAGCACAUAGUUUAAAACGUAGGGCGUACGACUACUACGUAGCUUGACAAACAUUUACUGUAAAUACAUACAAGAUAGUUUGUACGGUGAAAAAUAAAAUAAAG